GGAGAACAUCAAUCCAAAAGCUACGAGGCAUCAUAGAUCAAAACACACGUUUGGGUCAAGUGCGCAAUGGAGAGGUCCGUCAGAUCCGUGCUGGUGUUCGUGGCUGUUUCCAUCCUCAUCUCUAGCCAUCCUACAGACGCCUGGUACAAGCAGUCCACCGGGCCGAGCUACUAUUCCGUCGGGAGAGCCUCGGGUUUGCUGUCCGGGAUCCGGAGGUCGCCGUAUGUGCGCAGAUCUGAGAGCGAAUCAGCGCUGGACAGCGGCGAGACCCCCGGCGUCUCCAACAGCGUGAUACCCGACCUCAGCAGCAGACAAACGCCAGUCCUUAAAAACAUGGCCAUCUGCGUAAAGGACAUUUCUCCAAACCUACAGAGCUGUGAGCUGGUUCAGGACGGUUCGAGCACGUUUCGGUGCAAAGCAGACGUGUUUCUCUCGCUCGAUUCGCUGGACUGCUUCACCUCCUGAGCGGAACCCGUCUCUCUUUCUCUUUCCCUCCCCGACCCAAAGUCUCUUCAUUUCAGGAGUAUUUACAGCCAAGGCAGUGAGGCGCGCUGUUGACAUUGAAUGUUUACUUGAUUUACACCAGGGAUGUUCAGCGCUGCUCCCGAAGAUCUGCUUUCCUGCGAUGUUUAGUUUUCUAGCGAUGCUAAUCAUUUUUAAACUCUGAUUCAUACUCUGAAUCUAUUGUUUUCUGUGAACGUGCGGGACUUCCGAUUCACUAGCCGCUAUAGGUAAAUAACUAGUGAGGUAAACGACAAAACAGUGCGUUUAUAACUACGACAAUACAUUAAAAUAAUCUAAGAAAUACCAGUUUUAAUAUCUAGCAGCAUAACGUGACAGAAAUAUGACGUGACUCGUUUUACACCAUUCAUUGUACAGCUAAAAAUACAUGGAAGCGGAGGACACCGGAAGUCUCGCACAUCCGUUAAAAAUGCUGUUUUGCGACA